CAGUGCACGAUGAUCUUUAGUUCUAUAAGGAAGUGGAAAAUAUAUAUAUUUAUGUCAAUUUGGUGUUACAUAAAAAUUGUGCCAAUCAAAAAAAACCACGGAUCUGUAAUAUUUUUUAAUAAUCAACCUUAUUAUUUGUGAAUAUAAUUUAAAUUUACAUAAGUGAAAAGUGUAUGAAAAUACAUAGGUAAUAUAAUAAAUAUUACUGUAUCGUUUUGCACAUAUAUCCAGUGAUUCCGUGUUUUUUUUGCCUGUAGUUUAUUUUUGAGCUGGAAAAUAAAAAUUUACUUCUGCAGCAGACCAGUGUCAAGCUAAAAAUAUAACAAUAUUGGUCAUGGGAUUUUGAUUAUGGAUUUUUUAUAAAUUUAUUUAUAUAAAUGCAAAAUACGCGUAAUCUCUCUCCUACUAUGAAGAUGAAAAACUCUUUUAGGGUGGCUAAUAUAGUUGAUAUAAGAUGGGUGCUGAGCGCGUGUAGCGGCGCCAUGAGCCAGGGCGGGCUGAAGCACGCUGCCACUGAGACGCGGCUGGACAGUAAGCGGGAGAGACGCCGCGGUGCCGCCGGGCGCGCCUCCGUCCUCCGCAGGGCUCCAUCCGACUCGGACUGCUCGGGCGAGACCGCGUCGCUGUCCGCCGACAGCGGCGACCGCGCGGUCAGACUACCGCCGCCCCCCACUAGGUCCGGGAAGUCUAGGAGCCGUCGCCGCGGCAGUGAGUGGGAGGUCCUCGAGGGUCUGAAGGAUGGCCAGCGGUUUGAGAAGCGGCCGGACGUCUUCAACGGGUACCUGCAUAAGAAGCGCAAAUGGCCGCUCAAGGGGUGGCACAAGCGUUACUUCGUCGUCGACGGCGGUAUCCUAGUCUACGCCCGUUCGCCGACAGAUGUCGCCCGCGGCCGCCUGCACGGCUCCGUGGAUGUCGGCCUGUCGGUCAUUUCGGCGAAAGCGAGGCGGCGAAGGAUCGACAUUGACGCCGACGAGUUCAUAUACCACCUUAGAGCGAAGACGCCUGAUGUGUUCCGCACGUGGCUCAACGUUCUCAAGGCGCAUCGAUUAUACCGCCAACAUCUGCUCACCUUUGGCGCUCGGGAGUCCGUUCCUAAGAUACACGCACCUCUAGAAGACCUCCCGGCGACAGACACUUCAUCACGCCUUGUUAGUCCGACCGCGCCGCUGAGGGGACCCCAGGCAGGAUUCGUGACCGGCACCCCUGGUGGCAGAUUGGCCGGAUGGAUCAUAGAAUCGGGCGGUCCACUGGAGAACGCCUCGCGCGAACUCGGCCAGGCGCAACUGUCCGUGCAACAGUUGCAGCGGCUGCUCGACACACUGGAGUUGCAGCAACAGGUUCACCACGACACGGACGUGUCGCUAGAGGGCGCCUCGCCGAACGUGAAGAAAGAUCGUCGUAAGUUCGGCCUGCGCAAGAAGAAAUCCAACAGCAAAUGCGCCUCAGUGGAACUCUCCUCGCAACACAUCGACCCGUCCACUUCGCAAAUGGCUCUCUCGGCGUUAACCGCCCCUCCGUCCCCCGGCGGCGGCGCCUCUUCAGUACCAAAUUCAGCAGCCUCAUUGCCAAUCGCAUGCGCCGCCGCUCGUCCCCAAUCUCUGCCUGGAGCAGAGGCCCUGACCACCGGCGCCACGGGUCCUGCUUCCCUGACCAGCCUGACCCCUGACCACCAACUGAGGGAAGACUUCACAGUGCUGGCAAAAGAUUUAGUAGCUAACUUGAAGACUAUCGUGUCUACUUUGGUAUGCGAAAGAGGGCGCCUUCGUGCCGCCAUGGAGGCUGCGGACAGCCCCGCAGCGCCGCCUGGGGCGGUGGUGGCGGCGCUCAGAACUAACCUCACGUCCGCGUUGCAACAGAACUCGGUCUUGUCCUCAGAAUUACGGUCGCGUCUCUCCCGUAUUCACGACGCGUCAGAUCUGGCCGAGAUAUCCACUGUGGAGAGGAAUGACUCGGUAGUACGUCAGUUCCAACAAUCGCUCAGCUACAGCUCCUCGUGCGUGUCAGCUUCGGAGUUCUUCGAUGCUGAAGAGCAUGAGGAGCAGGCGGGGACCAUCAUACCAACUGAUGAGGCCGGCGUCAUUGAACUGGACGGCGACUCCUCGUCAGAAGCCGGUUCCCUGAGCAGCGAAGAAGGGUCCGGGAGCUCCGAUAAUUCUGAUGUGCCCUCCGUGGAACAACCGACGCUACGUCUCAACCAGAACGGGAUUUCAGAGUCCAACGGCGCGUGGUCGCGUCGGACAAGGCUGCCUUGCACCAGACCCACUCCUGGGGGACCUAGUUUGUGGAAUCUACUAUACAAGAACAUUGGCAAAGAUCUAAGUCAAGUCUCCAUGCCUGUGACUAUUAAUGAGCCUUUGAAUAUGCUGCAGCGCCUCUGCGAAGAGCUGGAAUACUCUGAACUCCUGGAUUCAGCGGCCGAAUGCACCAACAGCAUAGAGCGUAUGGCGUUAAUAGCGGCGUUUGCGGUCAGCGCGUACGCAUCGUCCGCGCAUCGGGCCGCUUCCAAGCCGUUCAACCCGCUGUUGGGGGAGACUUACGAGUGCGUCAGGGAUGAUAAGGGCUUCAGGUUCAUUGCUGAGCAGGUGUCACACCACCCGCCGAUCUCGGCGUGUCACGCGGAGUCCUCGCGCUGGAAAUUCUGGCAGGAGGCGCGCAUCAAGACCAAGUUCUGGGGCAAGUCCAUGGAGUUCCAGCCCGCGGGCAGGGUCCACGUGCGGCUGGCUUCCACCGGGGACCACUACAGCUGGAACAAGGUGACAACCUGCGUACACAACCUGUUCGGCGGACAACGCUGGGUGGACCAGUACGGCGACAUGCACAUCACCUGCCACGGCACAGAUAUCACGUGCAAACUCAACUUUAUUAAGGCCAGCUCGUGGUCGGCCAGCCGGCACGAGGUGCGCGGCGCGGUGGGGGGCGCGGCGGGGGGCGCGGGGGGCCGGCUGCGGCUGCAGGGCCGCUGGUCCGAGGCGCUGCUGGCCGGCGACCCGCCCGCCAACAGGUGUCUCUGGAGGCCUGGAGCGAUGCCACCGGAACACGAAUUGUACUACGGGUUCACUCGGUUCGCGAUGGAGCUGAACGAGAUGGAGCCGGGAAUGAAAGAAGUGUUGCCCUAUACCGACACGAGACUUCGGCCGGACCAGCGCGCCCUGGAGCUGGGCGACGUGGAGUCCGCGGAGAGGCUGAAGCACCAGCUGGAGCAGGCGCAGAGGGACAGGAGGCGGGACGCGGCCGACCAUCAGCCGGCUUGGUUCUGCAAAUCGGACGAAGGCGGCGAGGAGAUGUGGGUUUUCACGGGGGAAUAUUGGAAAGCCCGCGAGGCAGGAUUCCCCGGGCUGAGCGCGCCGCGGAUAUGGUGACCGCGUCUGCUCAUCCAUAUACCGCAGUGCGAGGUGCUCUGCUAGAGGUUGUGUACCGCUUCCCGCUUCUAGAGCUUUAUUCGUACAUACAUACAUACAAACAUAGUAUUCAAUAAAUAUUAUAUCUGGUCGUCUCGAAAUACUCGUGCGCACACUUUGAACGUUUAACCUGCGAGGAACUGAAACUGUAAUUAAUUUAUUUAAAAAAAAAUGUAAUUCCCCUGGUAAUAGGCAAAUGAUCGAUAAAAUAGUGUAACCUUGAGUGGAAGACAGAACAACAAUAUAAAUUGUAGCAAAACUUAUGAAGAAAUUUUUCAUUUAUACUUUAUAUUAUAAAGCUGAAGAGUUUGUUUGUUUGUUUGUUUGAACGCGCUAAUCCCAGGAACUUUUGGUUUGAAGUGAAAAAUUCUUUUUGCGUUGAAUAGAACAUUUAUCGAGGAAGGCUUUAGGCUAUAUAACAUCACGCUGCAACUAUAUAGGAGCGAAGAAAUAAUGGAGAAUGUGAAAAAAAAACCGGGGAAAAUUAUUCAUCCUUGCGGGCUUUAAUGAUGCCCAAAAUAACUAUUCCACGCGGACGAAGUCGCGGGCACAGCUAGUAAAAAAAAAUGCAAUCGACAAUUUGUAGACGUGAUCGGAAAUGGCGUUAGUAGGAAAUUUUUGUACUAAUCAUGAUUAUAUUCAUAAUUUAAACCGUAUUAUGAAGUGUUGUACUAAACGAUGGUAAACCAUACGAUUGUAAACAUACCAACGCAGUAAUAGAAGUGAAUUUUCAGUAAAAGCUUUCCUCCAUGAUUCCUCAUGUUGUUAAAUGUUUUAAGCGUGCAAAUUCAACUUUACAACGGCAUGAAAACGUAUUUGAUUUGUUAAGAAUUGAGGGAAUGAUAGUUAGUAGUUUCUCGCAGGUUAAACGUUCAAAGUGUGCGCACGAGUACAAGAGUGGUAGUGAAAGGGAAGCCAACUAAAACAGCAAGGUACGCGCGAAGAUUUUUUAUCAGUUACUCAGUUACUCUUAAAACAUAGCUUAUCUGUGUCGCGCGAUAAAACUGCUGCGGAAGCUGGAGACUAAUAGGAAGUUGGUUUUUUUUUUUUUCACGUAGCGUGUAAUAUUUUAAUUGAAGCGAGCCAUUUUGCGGGAAUGAACGGAAAGAUGAUGAGAUGGCGGUCGACGUCUUUUUUGUUGUUAUAUUUGAGAUGUUCCACAUCAUAUGCUACUUGUAAAGAUUAACAAUUUUAUUUCAUGAUGUAAGUUAUUUUAAAUCAAGCUUGUAUUGUUAUCUUGUAAAAAAAGAAUCGUUUAAAAAUAAGGUGAGAAAAGAAUUUCUCACCUUAGUUUCUGACGAGUUUUUGAUUAGCUUAGGUGAGAAAUUAGUUUCUCACCUUAGCUAAUGAAGGGUAGGUUUCGAAAAUUGCCCAAGGGAAAUUGAUAGUAUUAUUUAUAAAUGAUACAGGUAUUAAACGCGCAUGUAACGUACCUUUAUUUACUAAAAACCCUAAUAGUUUUCAGUCGCUCGGUGACCGCGGAUCAUUGUAAAAUGAUUCUAAACGUCCAAGAUUAAAUAAAGGUACGUUACGUGCGCGUUUAAUACCUGUAUUAUUUGUAAAUAGUAUAAUGCAACGCGAAAGUUUUAAAAUCAAUUACCCUGAUAUUAUUUUUGAAUUACUUUGAAAUUUAUCUUCCUUGCCAUUAACAGUACAAAUUAAUAAGGAGAUUGGGUAAAUUAAGUAGAACUGAGUAAAAUGUGAGUAACUUUUUAUCCAGAGAUAACAAAUUAUAGCCAUGGAAAUAUAACUGACCUGAAAACCUAUAAAAGCAAAGCAAAAAAAUAACACGAUUAAAAAAUUACUAUUUAAAACCGAUUUCAAAAGGAGGUCUUAAUUGGAUCGUAUUUUUUUUCCAUCCCUUUCAAAUAGGCAGAAAAAAUAAGCUCUGUCUCUUUCUUAUUGGUGUACGUGACUGAGUGCUGCGUGAAAAUUUGUUUUCUCUGUACAGAAAAUGGUUAUUUCUAGGUUUGUUAUAUUUUAAUGUUGCGGACAAUUGGAAAGAUUUAUUUGGUAACGGUUAAACGGUGAAUAAAUUACGACUCGACAUGGAAAUGUCAGGCUUAUGUUAUAUAUUUUACGGUUAAUUUUCCAAUACGCAGAAGAAUGAAAUAAAAUUCUACUUUCACAUGAUUUUAAGUUACCUUUUAAGUACAAACCUGAUUCACUUAUAUGAAAUCAAUUAUAAUGGGAUUUUGUCUAUACAACUUUAUUGACGUAAGUACAAGGAAUAGACAAAAUUAUCUAAAACAAAAUGGCCGAGAUGACAUAACGACUCGACAUUUAAAUAGCAAUCUUUAUGUCAUAUUCUUUACGGUUUAAUUUCCAAUACGCAGACGAAGUGGAAGAUGCGUGUAGACACGGAUGCGUCUGGACAUAGAUGUCCAGAUUUUACAAAUUCAACUUUACAUUUUGCUACAUAGAGUGUAAAUUCGGUUUGUACUUCUUAACCGGGUAUUGUCGAACGAAAUUGUAUCUUGUUCAAUUGAUAAUAUAGUUUUAUUUACUGAAACGUGUAGUGAGUAGUAAGUAUGCUAUAGUGUCUUUUUUUUUGUUUUGGGGUGCUAUCUUCUAAGUACUGAAUGUAAUAAAACGUGUUUGAAUAUAACAUUUUGAUGGUGUACACGCAUGGUCAAUAGACGCUGCACGCCUUGGUGUCUUGAGUUUUUCAUAUAGGUAUAAAGUGCCUCACGGCUUAAGAAAUGAUAAUAUUUUUUUUUUUUGAGAUUUUCAGAAAUGAAUUUACAUAUCCUGAAAAUCCCGUAAGUUUUACAUUCGCUACAAAAGAUUGAGACACUUUAUUUUUAAAUUAACUUGCGUUCACACCCCAAAAUAAUAAGCUAUAGUGAAUAUAUAUCAGAAAUAUUAAAUUUGGUGAGCAGUUUUUUUUUGUAGGUAUUGUGGGUUAAUAUACCUACAAAUAUAUAUUAUUAGCGUAAGAUAAUAUAUAGUUAUGUUGUGUAAAAUUGUAAAGAAAGAGUUGUGGCUGUGAAAUGUUUCCAUAUUCGUAUGUAAAAUGACGUAUUGUUUAUUUAAAAAAAUAUAUAUUAUGUAUUUCUUGCCAAGCAAAUUUCGAUUUUAGCCCAUUACAAAUAUGGUUCAUAAGUAGAACAAUGAUUAAGACGUGUAUACUAGUUCGCUUGAUUUCAGACAGAAUAUAAUGGAACCACACUUUCUUCUCCUGUCUCCGUUUGUCCCGCAUAUAUUCAUUUACAUACAUAAAAUCACGCCUCUUUCUCAGAAGGGUUGCCUACCCUUCUGAGAAAGAGGCGAAGUAAGAAGCUUAUAUCACAUUACAAUAUGUAAUUGUAUAUUUACAAAGUUUUCUGUUUUCUUUAAAUAUACAGGCUUUCUCAAUACCUCCUUAUUAACUCUUAAAAAUGACCUUACGUUUAUAAUAAUUUUUAGGAAUAACAGUAUUGGUAAUGCUAAAGGCAAAAUGAACUAACAUUUUUUAAACGUUUUCAUGUAUAUUUUGACUUUUUGUUUUUUCGACUUAUCUACUUAUUUUAAGUGCAUUCUCGUCAAUUACAUGUAGGGAAUGAAUUGGCAAACUAAUUGGCACACAAAUUGUUAAAUAAUAGCACAAUAAUUAAAUUUAUAUUGUUAAUGAGAUGUGGCGGUGUUUAUUAAUAAGAUUUUUAUGUUUUAUUUCAAACGUUAAAUUGUUCACAAUGGUGAUUUUGUAUUGCUGUGUUUGUAAGCUUGUCGAGUAAGCGAUUAGUGAAGAGCAACUGUAUAGUUCACAUCAAGGUUACCAGAUGGCGGGCAGUUGGACGCCUUUUCCGAAAUUAUUUAAGCCUUAUUAUGUAAAAUUCAAUCUUAAAACAACUACACAAAGUAGAAUGUUUCUCGUAGAAUUCUACUUGCUUGGGAAUCCGCGAACAAUACUCAAUAAAAAAAAAUGCCACCACUAGACCACCCAAAAUGUCCUACUGACAAAUUUAGCAGCGUCAAAGUGGUAAUUUUUUGCUAGAUUUUGUUUUUUAUUCGAAUGAAUAUUUCCAGUUGAGAAAAUGUAGUGUAAAGAAUUGAAUAAUGAGAUCGCUUUUGUUCGCGGUCCAUAUUGGGUCCCGUAAAGUUAAUUGGCAUAAUUAUCGUUUCGCAUAAUUUCACUUUACAUACUCAUAAUUUUACGUAAUGAUAUGUUACGUAAGAAAAUUUAUGCGAAGCAAUUAUAUGCCAUAAAUAAAUAUGGGACCCUUCUGUUCGCGACUAAUUGUGUUCGUUAUUUGAAUUUAAAAAAAAAACGAACUUUGUAUUUUAAAUUUGUUUUUUCUUCCCAAUGGUGCUGUUGUGUUACAACCUUAGAACCCUUUGUCGUGUUACUUCAAACUUUUGUAAAUUUUUUGUAUGUGUAUUUUUUUUAGUUAAUUCUCUGAAACUUGUUUAUUUAGGCAAUGCUAUAUUUCAAGCAUGGCCUUGGGAUGGAACUAACAGUAUUUUUAUAAAUUCAAUUUUAUAAUAUCUUUUGUCUAAUACAUAGUGCUUCAGAGUUUAUGACUUGCAUAAAAUACGGUAUUUUAGGAGGCCUCAAGUUGUUUUAAAAAUAAAAAGCCCAAAUCUCGCUUCUAGACAAUUUCAACUAAUGCUUAUCUUAAGAUAUCUUUAUGUAUAAUGUUCGUGGAUGUUGUUGCUAGAUCGUGAUAGUAAAUAUAUGUUUAGAUAUUUGUAUAUAGGGAAUUGUUGAAAUAAUUUGAACGUUUUUGUUUUCUUUGGAAAAAUAAAUUUGAAAAACCUUAACAGCGGAACUUUACGUUACACACGCUUAGAGGUAUUAGUUUUUUUUUUUUAAUUAGGUACUUUCUGUACGUACCUACGUUUUUUAAAAAAAAUACUAAUACUUAUCAUUUCGAUUUAAAACGUUCAAUAAAUCAUUUAGUUCAUCUUUUUUGCUCAUUUUUUAUUUGUACAUUACGGGUCAAACGGUUGUUUAUGUCUUUUAACAAGUAAAUGUUCUGGUCACAUUGAAAAAAUUAUUGACAAUAAAUUGUUUUAUGAUGUUAAAAAAACUGUUACUAAUUAAAUAAGCAAUAUAAAUUGUAUUUGACAUUUAGUGGAUGGCCGUAAAUAACUAUAUUUUUAUUUAAGUAUGUAAGUACAAUUCCUGAUUCCAAAUCAAUUCUACUCCGGUAUUUCAAAUGUACUUAUACUUUUCAUUGUAGCAAAUAAAGCCUAAAUCGAUUCUGUCACAAAAAGAAAUCACGACUAAUUAAUUGCAAAUGUAGUUAGUAUUAUUUUAUUUGCUUGAUUUUACCUAAGAAUUUACCUACUUACAUGUUCUAUAUGUGCGUACAAUUUUCCAAAAUAAGUGCCUUUAAUGUUAUUUUUCCGAUGAUAGUUGAAAGAACAUUAUAAAAUAUGUUUCUGUUCCGAUAGUAAUUUUUAUUUUGGAAAAAAAUAUUAAGAAAUUUUUGCCGUGUUUUUUAAUUUACAAUAAAUUGUAAUUGUAUAGAAAGUAUUAGUGGAGUCUCAAUUAUCGAUAUACUUACAUCCAGCCAUUUAAAUAGACGCAUUAUUAUAAAGUAAUGGUAAUUAAAAUUAAUUUCUGCUGAUGCAAAAAAAAUGUCAAGGCAUGUGACUAAGUUCCCGCCAAUUUUUAUGUCACACGAAAAAAAGGCUGAAUCACACAAAAUCAAUUUUGGCUUGGAUAUAGUUGCUAUCAUCAAGUCUUAUCGAACAUCCUUAAAACAAAACAAUUGAAUGAUUUGUUGAAAAUAUUAAUAAUUAACUGAUAUAUGUGAUGAAUGCAAUACAAAUUAUUAAAUGCGAUUAAUAGGCUAUUACACUCUUUUUUGAAAACUGUUUUAAAUCAAUCCUGAGACUGUGUUAUACCUAUAGAAUUUUUAUUAAAAUUUUUUGAAGCCGAAAAGUGCUCUAAAAACGAUUUAUUAUUUAUGAUUUUGUAUUUUCGCGCGAAAACGCCAUCCGCCAUGCUGUUUUGACUCGUGACGUCAUACUUUUAGUAAACAAUACGGCUCUACGUAAGACUAAAGUAAAAAGAUUUUUGUAAUAAUGAAUUACAAUAUAUAUUGUUGGUGUCUUGUUCCUGAAUGCAAGAAUACAAGUAUAAAAACACCAGAAAAAUUGUGGAUUCCACUGCCAAGUGAUAUUAAAAUGAGAAACCAUCAACGUAUUAAUCCUCGGUAGAUUUAUAUUGUCUGCUUUCACAAAACCGUCUUCCAUGAUUCUAUUAAAUUAUUAAAGAGUAAAAACCCAAAAACGUGAUAGAAAUUUUAAAAUUUCAAAAUAAACAGAGCCUGACAUCAUCAUAUGUUUUCGAUUCGAUAUUUGUUUACUAAAAGUAUGACGUCACGUCAGUACCCAACAUGGCGGAUAGCGUUUUCGACUUUUGAAGAACAGAUUAAAAAAGAGGAUUUUUUAAAUUGAAUUAUAAAAUCCAUAUUGCACUUUUAUGAAUAAUGAUCGAUGUUUUUCUUUUAUUUUUUACAAAAUCUAUAAGAUACGUGCAUUUUUAUAUUUUUUUUUACCUGGUGUAAAAUAGCCAUAUUUCAUGCACGAGGACUUUACUAUAGACAAUAAAAGCUAGUGUGUUUCAGCCUUUAAUAAAAAUAUUUAAAUACUUGUUAUAAAUGCGAAUGUUUGUUUAUUGUCUCUUCGCGCGUUAUCUACUGAAAAAACUUGUAAUUUUGAAGUUUAAACGGGUAUAAUUUUUAAGAGUCUAUAGAAGGACGUAUACAGUACUAUUCAUCCCGUUACAAACUAUACUGGAAUUUGCGAAAAACAUGUACUCUUUUGUAGGUUUGCGCUAAAAUUACGCAAGCGAACCUCCGGGUAAAAGCUAGUAUUUGUUUAUAGCUUGGAUGAUUAUUUGGUAAUUUUAAAUGAAUACUAAAGCAAAAUUACCGUGCUAGUGUCAACAUUUUGUUACCUAUUUUGAUUUUGUCCUUUAUGAAUUAGCUAUUAAUGAGAAAUUAUUAAAUGAAAAUAUAUUACAUACAUUAAA